AUGCGAACCACUUGGGCCCGUUACCCCCCGCAUACAAAUGAGGAGUUCCCUGUGGACAAAGAGUUUAAUUUCACUCCGAAACUCGUUGCCAACGAAAUUGAUCCUGCAGGUCUCCUCGAACGAAGCAAGCAGCGCAGUGAGGCCAGUUUCAUAGAGCCCCUUUGUCUCCAGGGUGCUAUCCGCAGCGAGUAUGCUGCUCAUCUUACCUAUGAAAAGCAAGACCACGACGACAUUAUGGAGAAGGUCUUUGAAGUUCUCCGUACGAAGGCUGAGUAUGACGCUGCCAACUUCUACGACUCUAUCGAAAUCAACAAGCGCGGCAAAGUCUACGACUCCAAUAAAGUCAACAAGCCUGUCAAGUUCCCUGUACUUAGCUCCGAAGUUCAGAUGAAGAUCUACGACGACAAAUCCAGAAUGUCUGCUUUGUCACGCAAGAUUGCAAUCUACGAUGGCAGCAUUGAGGGCAUGAUUGCUGGCGAGUUUACUUACAAUAAGGACACCGCGCACCUCCCACCUACUGAAGAACAGAUGGCCAUCCUACGAGAAGCUGAGGGUCUCCGUGACUUCUUCCCAAAAGCCCCUCAUAAGCUUUCGCUCUACGACCAGUGGCUGAAGGACCAGUCUGCCGACCCUUGCCCUGCCUCCAACUGGCUGAAGGAUGAAGAGCGACUCGCCAAAAAGAAAGCCUUUGAGUCGGCUUAUUCUAAGCAGCUCAAGUCCCGCUUCCCUCUAAAGCCCCUCAAUAAUCAGAUGCCGAUCAAGCUGGAAGUAUCAGACCAAGCUAUCGGUGACAAUACCAAAUUCUCAUAUAUGCUACCCAAAACCUCCGUGGCUCGUGAGCGUCAUAGCAUGCGCGAAACUCCCGUUGCGGUCCAAGUCCCCAAAUGGCUCCCUGCAUUUGUAGACUACGAAAUUGUUCCCAUCGACAAGAGCGCCAGUGCUGGGGAGCAGUACAAGGACCUUCUCACUACCAUCUGGAAGCUCGAGUCACAGAUGCUCAAAGAGACCAAGCCAAGCAAGUGGGACAAGAAUUGGCAUGAUUCAAACCCUCGCUGGAACAAACCUCACCAUAAGAAAAGCGGUGGCUAG